AUGCCCCAGGAGUUCAACCUCACCGCCGCGCGGAACGAGACCGACAGCAGACUCGCGCACGCCGCGGCGGCGACGUACCCGGGGGUGAACGGCACGGACGCCGCCGCCGCCGCCGCAGGGGCCGACGACGCGGCGCUCGUCCCGCGCGACGUGUGGAGCCCGGAGAUAUUCUCGCCAAACGCGCGGGACGUCUGGACGGCGGGCUCGACUGUGGCCGUCAGAUGGGACACCGCCGAUCCGCCGGGGGAGGUGACGAGCUACGCAGGGAGGGUCCUCCUGGGGAGGAGCAGCGUGACUGACGUCUGCGCAGAACACCCCCUGGCGGAGGGGUUCAACCUGACGCAGGGGUCCGUCAAGGUCAAGGUACCUGCGGUCAAGCCGUCGAACCAUUAUUUUGUCGUCUUAAUCGGCGAUUCAGGGAACCGGAGUCCGAGCUUCACGAUCCUUGGCCGACCGUUGGUCGAUUGGUGA